UUAGAACCCUACUGGCAGAUGGAUGUUGAAAGAUUGUUGUUGAUCCUGAUCAGGUGUUUUUUGGGCGGGAAAGAGCACCUCGAAAACGUUAGAUAGAGAAGGGAGUCAAUUGCGGACACCAUGUGGAAAGUGUGCACAACAAAGAAACAGCACCUCCUUAAUAACAGGCUCUGGAUUACAUUUGCAGGAGACAAAAAACAGGUGUCAAAAUGAGUCUCUCUGUGGAGAAUGAAGAGGGAAGCAGCCCUAGUAACUCUGAAGACACUGAAGAGGAAGCCAGUUCUUCUGGAAUGAGUUUAUCAGGGAAUGAGGAAGUGAUGUCCCCUAAAAUAUGUUUUCCUGCUGAACAGGACACUUUCAGUGACCUUAAAAGGUUCAAGACAGACAGACUAGUCUCAUCUGUACCUAGUGGUAUCUCCAUGAAGAGUUACCAGUCGAUGGAACAUCCUGUUUUCUUCAAGAAGGGAGAACUUUCCAAUUAACAAAGUUCAAGACAGACAGACCAGUCUCACCAGCACCUAGUGGUAUCUCCAUGAAGAGUGACUGGUCUAUGGGACUUCCUAUUUUCUUCAAGGAGGGAGAACUUUCCACUGAACAAAGCAGUACCUCUGAGAAGAAUGACACAUCAAUGGAUAACCAACCCAAAGUCCCUACUGAUGAUGAUAAAGUGUACCCAACAGAAGUCCAGCAGAAAAUGAAAUCCUACUUGAAGAAUAGGGCAUAUUCUUUAUUUGAGGGCAUUGAAGAUGCAGGAAAAACGACACCUCUUAACAACAUCUACACAGAGCUCUACAUCACACAAGGUGGAAGUGGAGAGGUUAAUUAUGAACAUGAGGUGAGACAGAUUGAGACAACAUGCAGGUUUCCAGUAGAACAAGAGACAUCAAUCCAACUCAAUAAAAUCUUCAAACCAAUACCUGGACAAGACAAGCCUAUCAGAACAGUGCUGACAAAGGGAGUUGCUGGCAUUGGAAAAACAGUGUCUGUGCUGAAGUUCAUGUUGGACUGGGCUGAAGGAAAAGCAAAUCAAGACAUCCAGAUCAUCUUUCCACUUCCUUUUCGGGAUCUGAACUUGAUGAGAGAUACAAAUCAAAGUCUGAUAGAACUACUUCAUCACUCCUUCAUAGAAACAAAAGAAUCAGAAUUCUCAGAAAACGAAAAGGUUGUUUUUGUUUUUGAUGGUCUGGAUGAAUGUCGCCUUCCUCUGGACUUCCAGAAUAAUAAGAUCUGCUGUGAUGUCACAGAGUCGACUUCAGUGGAUGUGCUGCUGACAAACCUCAUCAAAGGGAAUCUGCUUCCCUGUGCUAAUAUCUGGAUAACCACCCGACCUGUAGCAGCCAAUCAGAUCCCCCCUGAGUGUGUUGACCAGGUGACAGAGGUACGAGGGUUCAAUGACCUACAGAAGGAGGAAUACUUCAGGAAGGGAAUCGGUGAGGAGGACCUGGCCAGCAGAAUCAUCUCACACAUAAAGACAUCAAGGAGCCUCCACAUCAUGUGCCACAUUCCAGUGUUCUGUUGGAUUUCAGCCACUGUGCUAGAGAGACUAUUGGUUGAAGCAGAGAGUCGAGAGAUCCCCAAGAAUCUAACUCAAAUGUACGCUCAUCUCAUGAUCUUCCAGUCAAAACUGAGGAGUCAGAAGUAUCCUGUAGUGCAUGCCAACGAUUCUCACUGGGAUAAAGAGAUGAUUCUGGCACUGGGAAAGCUGGCUUUUCAACAGCUAGAAAAAGGCCAUCUGAUAUUCUAUGAGGAAGACCUGAGAGAGUGUGGCAUUGACAUCAAGGAUGCGUCUGUGUACUCUGGAGUGUGCACUCAGAUCUUCAGAGAAGAGUCUGGGCUUUACCAGAUGAAGGUGUACUGCUUUGUACAUCUGAGUAUCCAGGAGUUUCUGGCUGCACUAUAUGUGUUCCUCAUGUUCACUAACAACAACGUCAAUCUGAUGGCUAAAGAGAAAUCCCUCCGGAACAAAAGCAGUCUAUAUGAAGAUGCAGUGGACAUGGCCUUGCAGUUUGAAAAUGGCCAUCUGGACCUUUUCCUCCGCUUCCUUCUAGGCCUUUCACUGCAGUCCAAUCAGCAUCUCCUACAAGGCCUACUGACACCAACAGGAAGCCGAUCACAAAGCAACAAGAAAACAGUCAAGUACAUCAAGGAGAAGAUCAGGAAGAAACUCCCUCUGAAGAGGUGCAUCAAUCUGUUCCACUGUCUGAAUGAACUGAAUGAUCAUUCUCUAGUGGAGGAAAUCCAAAGCUACCUGAGAUCAGGAAGUCUCUCAAAAUCUACACUCUCAUCUCAACAGUGGUCAGCUCUGGUCUUCAUGGUGCUGACCUCAGAGAAGCUGGAUGUGUUUGACCUGAAGAAAUAUAUCAGAUCAGAUGCGGCUCUUCUCAAACUUCUCCCAGUUGUCAGAUCCUCUAGAACAGCCCUGCUGAACGAAUGUAAACUCACCAACAAAAGCUGUGAGGCAAUAGCUUCUGUUCUCAAAUCAAAUUCAUGCUGCCUGAGAGUGCUGGACAUGAGUGGCAAUAAACUUCAGGAUUCAGGAGUGAAGCUGCUCUCUGCUGGACUGGGGGAUCCACACUGUAAACUGGAGAAAUUGAAGCUGGCAGGCUGCAGCAUCACAGAGGAAGGCUGUACUUAUCUUGCUUCAGCUCUGAGGUCAAACCCCUCCCACCUGAAGGAGCUGGACCUGAGUGGAAAUACUCCAGGAGACUCUGGAGUAAAGCUGCUCUCUUCUGUACAAGAGGAUCCCCUCUAUACACUGGAGACACUGAGGUUAAAUGAUUGAAAGCUCCCUGAGAGUCAGUGAAGGAAUGGCCUCAGCUCCAAGUCCUUGGUCGUUGGAGUGCCCUGCAGUUAAAUGCUUCUGGGACAGUUACUAAAUGUAUUUCAAAGUGCAUGAAUGUAAAUAUUCAAUGCUUCGACUCGACGAUGAUAACUCCUUGAAUCUCUCAGUCAAUCAGAGAGCUCUGGCGAAGUGGUGCCAGGAAAAUAACCUCUCCCUCAACAUCAGCAAACUCAUCACUGGGGACAUACUGCCUGCCCUGCAGGACAACUACAGCACCCGGUGUCACAGGAUCUCAACAACCUUAUUGUCUUCCUAGUAACUCUGCUGUACAUCUUACCAGACUGAUAGCUUUAUUUCAGUGUAUUAGAUGUCUCUGGAUUGUCAUGUGUGUGUACUAAUUGCUUGGAUUUUUAUUGUAGCACCUUGGGUUUUUGAAAAGCGUGUUACAAAUAUAUAUAUUUUUUAUUAUAGUAAUGUAGAAUUAUUUACAUUGUAUGUAACCCUGUUUUAAUCUAUGAUAUACUGUAUAUUCAAAAUUAAUAAUACAAAUGAAUAAUAGUCAAAUUAAUUUAAUAUAAGUAGUAUUUAAUUUUAACAGUAAAAUGAAUAAUAGUAAAGUUAUUCCUACUGCCGUGAAUGACUUGAGGCGAUAUUCAAUCUGUAUAACUGAAGCGGUACAGAUUGCACUAUAGAAAUGUAAAGGUCCUUUCACAUUGAGCUGACAUAUUCAGCAUUUACCAAAAAAAUAUCUCUAUAUUUUAAAAGUUUAUGUCCUUACAAGUAACUCUGCUGUACGCCUUACCUGUCUUCUUAUUUCAGUGUAUUAUAUGCCUCUGUAGUCUUUUUACUAUUGACUACUUAUUGUAGCACCUCUUACAUUCUAUGUAACCCUGUGUGUUAAUCAAUGGUAAACUGUAUUUCAUAUUCUUUAAAUAUAUGAAGUAAAGCUGUUAUUCCUUUUGCUGUGUGA